AAAGAGGAUCUCUGGGAACAUUCAAAGGAAGAAACUAAGAAACACAGAGUGGGGAAGAGCUUAGCUUUGCUGCUGAGCUCCUGACCAGAACAUGCUCAUCCUGGACUUCUGUGUCUUCUUGCAUCCUGUUCCCUGUCAGUCUUAAGAGGUGCUGGACAACCUUCUGACUAACUGCAGAAAUGAAAUCUGUGCUCUUGGGGGAAGUAAUGCCCACUAUGGAACGUGAUGUGUGAUACUAAUGAGGAGCUACAAUUGCUCACAGAACUGGAGGGAGCCAGGAGGAGGGAAUACUUGCCAAUUAAGUACCAGGCAAGGUACAUGAGGAGGAGUUGUACGAAGUCACAUCUGAUCACAAAUAACCUCUCCAGAUUCUCGCUUUUAUGAAGAAGGGUGAAGUACCAGAGAGCAAUUAUACUUUGCUGGUUUUUAUCAAGAACACUGAAGUAGCUUCUUUCUGCAAAGAAAGGGGUUUCUUCAAAACCCCUGUAUACCUGCUUUUGUGCCAUGAAGACUUUACUUGAAUUUCAAGCGUUGCGGUCCCCACGGAGCAUCCAGACACUUCGGAGGUUAUUCCACCAGUAUCACAAGACUUUUGCACCUUUGAAUUUCUCAGAUUAUGAAGCUAUCGGUCGCUGUGAAAAGCAAGUACCUGAGUACUUCAAUUUUGCAAGUGAUGUGCUGGACAAGUGGUCUCAAAUAGAAAAGGAACGAAAGGGACCAUCAAACCCAGCUCUGUGGUGGAUAAAUGGAAAAGGAGAUGAAAUUAAAUGGAGCUUUGGAGAGCUGGGCUUCCUGUCCCAAAAAGUGGCCAAUGUGCUCUCUGGACCCUGCAGUCUGCAAAGGGGAGACCGGGUUUUAGUGAUUCUACCCCGAAUCCCAGAGUGGUGGCUGCUGAACGUGGCUUGUAUGCGAACAGGUGUUAUCAUCAUCCCAGGGACAACACAACUGACAGCACAAGACAUUUGCUAUCGACUGCUGGCUUCGAAGGCCAAGUGCAUUAUUACAACUGAUGCUCUUGCUCCUGCAGUGGACUCAGUUGCAUCUAAGUGCCAAUUUCUGAAAACAAAGCUAAUUGUAUCUGAAAGCAGCAGGGCUGAGUGGCUGAACUUUAGUGAUUUGCUCAAGGCUGCCCCUGCUGUCCAUAACUGCGUGAAGACUAAAAGUCAGGAUCCAAUGGUAAUUUAUUUUACCAGUGGCACCACAGGCUCUCCCAAAAUGGUUGAACAUUCCUAUGGAAGCUUUGGUCUGGGUUUUUUCCUCUGUGGAAGGUACUGGAUGGAUCUGACUCCCUCAGACAUCAUGUGGAACAUAUCAGACCCUGCUUGGGUAAAGGGAGCUGCCGGAAGCAUUUUUGGUCCAUGGUCCCAGGGCACGUGUGUUUUUGUACAUGCCAUGCCACAGUUUGAUCCAAGAGGAAUCUUCAAUACCUUGUGCAGAUACCCAGUGACCACUCUGUGCAGUGCCCCAACUGUCUACCGCAUGCUGGUACAGCACGACCUCAGCAGGUAUGCAUUCAAGACGCUGAGGCACUGUCUGACUGGAGGGGAACCACUGAACCCAGAAGUGAUGGCACAGUGGAAACGCCAAACAGGACUGACGAUCUAUGAAGGCUAUGGCCAAACCGAAAUUGGAGUCAUAUGUGUAAAUAUGAAAGGAAUGAAAAUUAAGCCAGGUUCCUUGGGGAAGGCAGCUCCCCCCUACAAUGUUCAGAUUAUAGAUGGGAAUGGCAGUGUUCUGCCUCCUGGGGAAGAAGGAGACAUUGCUAUCAAAGUGGAUGCGAAGCGGCCAUUUACUUUUUUCACUCGAUAUGUGGGCGAUCCAGUGAAAACAGCUUCCACAAUCCGUGGGAACUUCUAUGUCACUGGAGACAGAGGGAGCAUGGAUGAGGAUGGAUACAUAUGGUUUAUGGGUAGAUCUGAUGAUGUCAUCAUCUCCUCUGGGUAUCGUAUCGGGCCAUUUGAAGUGGAGAGUGCCCUGACAGAGCACCCAGCUGUGGCUGAGGCAGCUGUUGUAAGCAGCCCAGAUCCCAUCAGAGGGGAGGUGGUAAAAGCUUUCGUGGUCUUGUCUCCUUCUUUUAAGUCACAGGAUCCAAACAAACUGGCCUGUGAAUUGCAAGAGCAUGUCAAGAAAGUCACUGCUCCAUAUAAAUACCCCAGAAAGAUUGAAUUUGUCCAGCAGCUGCCAAAGACAAUCUCUGGGAAAAUCAGGCGGAAUGAACUGAGGAACAAGGAGUGGAGACAGAUUUAGUGUUGAUAAAUAGUUCAAAACAGCCUACCCCUAUCAGUGUCAUUCAUAAUGGAGCUCUUCUGUUACAACUGUAAACACCAAUACAGGAUUAUAUUUCACCUGUUAGGCAGUGAUUGUGCAAUAAUGCACAAAGUUCAAACACUCCAACUGUCUGGUUUUUAAAUGCUUGUCUUCUUGCCUAACAAAAACCAAGCAUCCUUAGCAAGGCAUGUGCAAACACAUCUUCCAGCCAUCUAACAUAAUUCAGAAUUACACUACAAGUGAUCGUCAGGUGAAAGUGCAGUGUGUUCAUUCUUUGAGACUGGGUAUUUUAACUCACAAGAGGCUUAUUAAUGAGGAAAUCAUGACAGUAUGGAAUGAAGUUCCCAGAAAUGGCCACAGAUCUUGCAUGCAUCCAAAUUAAGGAGCCUGUUUGUAUGAAUCUUGAAAGACUCGAGAUUUAGGAAUUAAUGUGUUAACAAUGGAUGUCCACUAAGUGCAAAUUAUGAAAAAUCAGAAGUAAACUGUAAGUUGUGUAGGCACACGAGUUAGUGAGAGAGAGAAGGAAAGUAAACAGAAAAUACCCCACUAACUACCCCUGAGUCUUUGUCCUUAGAAGAUGAAUAGGCUGUCAUGAAUUGAUCACCAACAUCAGCCACCAAUAAACAUUCACAGCUGGCCUUCCUAUCUGGUCUCAAAUGGUUCUUUCCUCUGUGUGACCUACACAUUGCUGAUUUUAAU